AGACUGCAACAAGAGACUGAAAAAUGUACUAAUCACAAUCUAUUGGCUGGGCCGGGCAGCCAAUAGCAGUGCUACAUAUAACGGGCCCACUCUGGAUCUACGUGAGUUUGAGGGCCUCCUCUCACAGAUGCGAAAGGAGGUAGAGGACUGGGACAGCCCAAAGCGCAGCAUUAGAGAUAGCGGUUACAUCGACUGCUGGGAGUCGGAGCGCAGUGAUUCUUUGUCGCCGCCGAGGCACGCGCGAGACGACUCUUUCGACAGUCUGGACUCCAUCGGCUCCCGUUCCCGCCACACGCCCUCUCCGGACGGCCUGUAUGCCCGCGGCUCCAGCGAUGGCCGUGGCAGCGACUCAGAGUGUGACAUCCCCUACAGGAAGUUUCCGGAUAUGCGCCGAGACGACAUGCUCGCGCGGCGGACAUCGUGCAGCGAGCCGCGUACCGCAGUGCCAUUUAACCAGUACCUGCCUAAUAGGAGCAACCAGACAUCGUAUAUGCCCAUUCCUCUGCGUAGACAACGAACCGAGCGCGAGGAGAGCUGCAAGAGCUGGAGCAAUGCCACCUCACCUAUAGGAGGAGAGAGAUCUUUUAGAUUUGGCCGCAGCGAUAGUGUAUUUGAUGACGCAGAGAGUAUGAGUAUGAUUGAUGUGAGGACUGAGGAUGAUGGCCUGCUGCCGCCUCACAGUCACGUCCGACACGAGCUGAUGCACAGUCAGUAUAGCAGGAUGAAGGAGGAGGACAGCCAGUGGCAGGAUGACCUGGCACGGUGGAAGAAUCGCAGGAGAAGUGUGUCUCAAGACCUGAUCAAAAAAGAGGAAGAGAGGAAGAAGAUGGAAAGGCUGUUAAGCCUGGACGAAGGCUCGCAGAGGCGGAAGAGUUUCAAGACUUACAGGGAGAUAGUCGAAGACAAGGAACGACGUGAGCGGGAACUCCAUGAAGCUUACCUGAGAGCCCGAACUCCAGAGGAGGCAGCUGCUAUUCUACAGCGCUACGCCUUGCGUUUUACUAUAAGUGAAGCUAUACUGGAACGCCUCAAACUACCCCGUGUUCUCGAGCGCAGUAUCUCUGCUGACCCCACGCGUUACACAUCUAACUCCAGCGACUCUGUUUUCUUUACUUCCCCCUCCUCUCCCUCCAAUCCACUGCAGUAUCUGCGUCAACAAUCUCUCCCUGCGCAAAAGUUCACCACCACAGUGGAGGCCCGGGUGACGGGAUACGGGGCAGAGCACGUUGCUGUAGGGAAUGCAGGAGGAGAUUCAGGGGCAUCUUUUUCAAACAGGAGCAUCCCAUUACUUAGUGCCAAACCCUACAGCAAUGACAAAGCUGCCCAGCGACACAGAAUGGAGCGUGUUAAUGGGGAAACAGACAGGGACCACAAUGCCCGAGACAAGCAAGAAUGGGGAACUGAAAGAGAAAGAGAAGGAGAUUCAUCUGCUUUGCUGUUUUAUCCAUCUCCUUCAAAGAACGGAGACUCAGACAGUACAGAAAUAGAGGCGCCAGACUCUCUGUCCUCAGACAAACAAGCAACCUCACACACUCUGGAGUUAGACACAGCAGACUUCCAGUCAGUAGACCAGCAUAGCAUGGUGCCAGGACCUGAGACACAAGAGGAAGAGGACACACAGAAAGAAGAAGAGCUUAAUCAACCCACCGCCAUACCUACGCAGUCACAGUCUGAAGAAGAGGCAGAUCCACAGAUUGGGAGCAUAUCUCCUACUCAAAAACAAAAGGAGUACCAAUCAGAAGAGAAUAAGCAGUGUACUGAAGAGCAUCCAGUGGAGAGUACCGACUCUGCAACAGUCAGUCAGACCGAUCAAGACACACAAGCAUCAUCGUACAUCAACACAUCUGAUAGCCAGGUCAGUAAACCAGUCCAGGAAUCAUCAGAGAGAACCGCAAACCCACCAGCGCAAUCCGUUUUAGAUCAUCCUACACCCAAAUGUGUUUCCGGACUCCCCUUAAAAGAACCUGUUGAGAAACAACAAGGAAAUGUGGCUCCUGCUGUUUUGAGUCUGGUGAAGCGGGGUGAGCACUUUUCAUGGGAUCCUGAGGAAGAGCGCAAACGGCAAGAAAAGUGGCAGCAAGAGCAAGAACGCAUGCUUCAGGAGAAGUACCAGCGUGAGCAGGAGAGACUAAAACAGGAAUGGGAGAGAGCCCAGAGGGAAGUGGAGGAGGAAGAGAGAAGAUACCAUGAGGAGGAGCGCAAGAUUCUCGAGGAAACAGUGGCUCCUUUGACACCCAACUCACCCCUGCCAUCUUCUCCCUGCUAUAAGGAAUCUGCUCACACACAGAACAGCAUUGUUCCUGACUGGGAACACAAGCAAGUGCAGUUGGAGAAACAGAUGAUGGGAGCUUUGGAGAAUGAGAGGCGAACGGAAAAUGGGAGGAAUGAACCAACAAGGACAAAGAAAGAGAACUCUCAGACAUUGGAACAUCCUCAAAAGCCAAGAUGUGACCAGUUACUGGGCCAGCCUAAUGGACAGGGGGGAAGACUAGAAGGAGGGGGGCAGAACAUGAUCCCUGACCACCUGCAUACCAGGCAGGAUGCCUCAUGGAACAGUAAACAGCAGCCGCAGCAGCAGACAUCAUCAGAGCCCUGGCAAAAGACUGCUUCACAGGGCAGUAACAGAAAUAUCCAGCCAGCACCUUCUAGUCGUAGAAGGUAUGACUCCAUAGAAAGUGCUGUUGCAAAGUCUUCACAGUCCAUCUCACACACAGACACACAACAGCCUCCAUCACCAAACAGAUCUGUGAGUGGGAAGAAGCUUUGCUCAAGUUGUGGUAAUCCACUUGGUAAAGGAGCAGCCAUGAUUAUCGAGACUCUCAGCCUUUACUUCCACAUCCAAUGCUUUAAGUGUGGGAUCUGUAAGGGACAGCUAGGUGACACCUCGACAGGAACAGACGUAAGGAUCAGGAACGGUCUGCUAAAUUGUCAUCAGUGCUACAUCCGCUCUCGUUCUGCUGGUCAGCCCACCAACUUGUGAGCAGCCAUUCUGAUUUGGGAACGCCUGAGAAAACCAUCACAGCUUGGACUGGUCGCAUCUCCACCCUUACUGAGACCAGUGCAAUAUAUCCAAGUCUAAGCUCAUUUACUAUUUUCUAUAUCUCCUAAUAAGUGUGUCAAAAGCCUGGUGCUUUUUUUCCAAGGUUGAAAUCAUCAAUGUUUACCCAGCUAAUCAAUAAAGUUUUGCAAAUGGCAGACCUUUUAGAACCAGAUGGGUUUUAAGCCAAUUCAGACGAUUCCGCUUAAGUCACUCUAGAAUGAGCACAAUACAGAGAAAACCAUUCUACUGGUGGAACCAUGAGAUUCCUUUAGCCAUUUUUGUAUGUUAAAAAUAAAUCCAAAUGCCCUUGAAUCUUUUACCAAUCACUAUGUGAAAAUACGGUGUGUACAAUUAAAAUCUCUGAGGUUGCAUUGUUUAUCUUGAUUAUGCAGGAUUUAUUUAAUGCAGUGGUUCCUUCUAAUGACUUACGAUCAUCCAAUCUGUAUUAAUUGGGUGCCUAUUUCCAGGCAAUACAGAAUCUAGAAAAUGUAGGCAAACUGUUAAAAAUACACAAAAGAACACCAACAUUAGUGCAUUUUUUUUCUUUUUUUUAUCCACUGUGUCUGUAAAAAUAAGAAUUUACAGCUGGUUUAUCUAAUCUGAAUCGCACUCCAUCUCUGCUGCUGCUCCUCCUUCAUCUUCUAUCAUACUCUCCGUAAUGGCGGGAAGCUGGCCAUAAUCACGGCUGGGAAGCAGACUGUAAUCGUGCUUGCACCUGAUCGAUAGACAUCCAUUUCCCCUUACGCAUUUCCUUAGUGGAAGGAGGGAAAAUGUCCUCAUAUACCAAGUUAAGGUUUCUUAGUUUGGACUUAUUAAGUAAAACUCAUGUAUAUCGGCUGCUUUUGUGAUGACAAAAGCAAUUCCAUUUACCUUAGUCAUUUUUAAGAUGGUUUUGGGUUAUUAGUGGAGGGAUUGUUAAUGCAAUUAAUGCAAAAAUGUUGAAAACAAUGUGCCUUAGAAUGAAUGCACAAAAAAGCAACCUGAAAUAUCGAAUCCAAAGACUUUUGUCUUUCGUAAGGACAAAACAAUGUUUCUUUUUGGCUGCAGAGAAGGAAUGGGGAAAUCUCUUCUUGUGAUCUCUGCCUCCUCCAAACUAUAUUUUUAAUUUAAACACACAAAAACCCAGUUUUUUGAAAGUAAAGGCACUAAGCUGUAGUUUUCCUUGUCUCUGAGGUAGAACCAUCAAGAGCAGAGCUUUUGUACAUUUAACCCUGGAGCAUGAAUGUAGUAUAUCUAAUAUAAAUAAAAAUAAAUAAAUAAAUUAUAUAUAUAUAUAUAUAUAUAUAUAUAUAUAUAUAUAUAUAUAUAUAUAUAUAUAUAUAUAUAUAUAUAUAUAUAUAGGGAACAUAAUUUGACUACACACCUUUCCAGGGAAAAAAAUAUAUCCUAAAUGUACAAAAGAGGUUCAAGGAAAAGUACAUUUUGGUAAUUUAUUUCUAAAGGUAUACUUUAGACAUUUGUUUUCUUAAAUCUUGCUUUGGGUGAUCCAUAUACGAGUUAAUGGGGGGAAAACGCCAGAGGUUUUCAUGUUUUUGCACACAAACAGCAAUACCAGUGCUUAUGUUUAUUUUAGAAAUGGUUUAUAAUCUGCCUAGAAACCACUGUAAUAGCCUUGCUUAACACAGUCUAACCAAUUGCAUUUUCCACACUAUGUACCUGAACAUAAGAGUGGGAAACUCAAAGGCUUUAAUUGCCAUUUACCUUUCAAAAUCAUUGAUGACUCGAUAUUUAAAUAUGCUCUCAUAAUUUCUCAUAUAGUCAGUGUUCUCGCUAUGGGUCUGGUUGCUUAGCUAUUAGUGAUAAAAGACAGAUAUACUACAUACAGAGCGGGUGCAGUUUGAUAUGGUCUAAGAUGAAUGGCCUACCUUGGAAACAAUAUCAAAUCUAAGGUAUAUUUAUUGUGAUCUUCAAAUAAACUAUCCGAAUAUAGAUGACUUUGUUGUUCCAAUGCAAUGGCUUUACAGUAUACUCUAUGUUUAUAAAUAAAACUCCUGCAAAAGAU